AUGGCCGACGGUGGCGUAGUACAACAGCAACCAGCUCGGAACGGAUAUCAAAAUUUGGACCGCGGACAACGUAAUAUCCCAGCUGACCAGCCUUUACCUCAAGACGUGUGGUAUCUCGCUUUCCUAGCAACACUAUGUUCGAACUGUCGUGACAUGUGCCGGUUAUUCAGAGGUCCAUGGCGAGCAGUAUUUGGCGGUAAACUGGAAGCAUUAGUGCGUUGCCUUUGUCUACCUUGCAAUGUAAUCACACAGGCUGUGAAUGAACAACGCGCUAAUUUCAGACAAUCUGGUAUCGUAUAUCUAUACUUAUUUCUCGGUGUAACUGUGGUUAUUAAUUUAGUUGUCCCUCUAAGACAUGUCGUUGUUCCUAACGCUCAGAAUAUACAACUAUAUUUCGUGCUUGGAUGUAUAGUGCUGGCGAUUGUCGCUAUGUUCUAUCUGUGGUUAAAUACCCUUGAGACUCUUGAAUAUCGCGAUUGGAACUUCCGUGCAGGCUCACCACCCGAAGCUUUGAUGCGGGUCUUUUAUAAAGGCGGGUUAUAUUUUUUUGGAUUCUUGAGUUUUGGUUAUAGUGUGUGCACUGCGAUUGACCAUAUAAUAUGCGGUAAACAAGUCUCAGCGACAGUAAACGUCGUGAAAGCGUUAUACAUUGUCAUACAAAACCUAUUUCUAAAUCAAUUCUACAAAGCUAGAAUUCCAGAUGACACCUAUGGAAUACAAGCUAUCAUGGCGCAUCUUUUAGGAACUAAUUUAGCAUUGUGGUUUUGGACUCUGUGUUCUGAAGAAGUCGAUGAGUCUGUUGCGUGCAAAAGCUACCCCAUACCGCUUGGAAAUACCGAGAAAUAUUUUUCGCCACUUUUCGUAGAAUAUUUACUGAUAGCAGCCAGUUUGUUUUACCAAAUAUGGCAAGAUUUGUUACCGACUCAGGCGGUCGCAGCGCCACACUGCCGAACGUGCGCUUGUCAAGUUAUUGUGGAAAACGAUGAUGUGGAAAACGAUGAUGCGGAAAACGUUGAUGCGGAUCAACGGCGUGACGGAGGUCGUGGCGCGAACAGAAUAAGGAGGAACUUGGGACUUGGUAUCGUCUUGGGUUGUUGCUUUGGUGUUCUGUUUAUUAUCUUGGUCAUCGCAUCAGCCGCCUCUGGUGAGACGCAUCCAAUCUAUCACGUUGCAUAUUCAGGCGGAAUUAUAACCCUCUACCUUAUACAAAUUGUCGCAUGUUACAUCAUUUUGUUAUCUGCACAGUCAUUGGCUUGGGAUGCGCAGAGAACCUCACUGGACCACGAUGAUGCUUUGCUGUACAUUUCGCUUGUCGGUAGUCUUCUGUGGGAGGGAUUUCAUCUGUACAGCUUGGUGCUAAUUGAGAUUGACCCAAGUAUUGAACCCAAGUCACUUCCGAACGUUCGCCACAUAGACAUCGCCGCAGACGCGCUUGCUAUGCUACAGUAUGUAUUUCAAACGACCAUACUGAUAAAUCUUCGCCGACAUCAGCCGACACAAGGUCGUAGAACGACGUGGAUCAGCCAAUGUCUUCUAUUCUUGUUGACCACCAACAUUGGCUUGUGGAUUGAAAAUUCAUUUUUCGUUGAAAUUAUCAUUACAACGCCCGGGGAAAAGUACACUUCGAUUCAGAAAAAUUUAAAACCCAUUGGAUACAUUCUACAUCCGCUGAAUAUAUUUUUUAGAUUUCAUUCCGCCGUUUGCUGUCUCAUCGCCUGGUCGAUUUUUAGAACUUGA